GAACAACGUGCGCAUUUAUAAAUCAAAAUCGAAACUCUCUUUUUCCUCGCAAGUGUAAUAAUAUAUUUUAUCAAUACUUACGUAACAAUCAACAGCAAAAUAUACAUUAACGAUGCCACGUACGGACCAACAAUGCCAUAUACGCAUUUAUUUAGAUAGACUAGUUUGUGUUUUGAUUUCAAGAGUCGACCGAAAGACGCCUUUUUCGUGCUGUUUAUAUUUUGUCCUCAAGGACUUCUCAAAUUUCUUUCUCACGUAAAUGGCACGUUACGUCUCUUUUUCAUUGUCGACUAAACAGUUCUAGUAAAGGCAUCAUCGCUUCGACAAAAAGAUUUAGUCGCUAUUCGUCGUUCUAAGAAGACGGUCGUGAGGCAAUUUUGCCGGUGAGUUUUAUUCGUUUUAACGCAUAAUUCUUUUUUUUUAUCAAUUUUAACUUCUUACAUUAUUUUACAUAAAUAUUAAUAAUUUUUCUCUUUUUCUUUUUUACGAUUACAAUUUAAUUUCAUAUCAUUGUUAAGCGACGUUACAUGUUGAUGCGUAUAUAUGUAUAUGUAUUGGAUGAUUAGAACAAAAUUAUGCAAAUCUUUCGUAGGAAAAAGAUAAUUUGUUCGAUUGUUUUUAAUCAACGAUUUUCUUUCGUAUAUGUAAUUAAGAUUAGCAAUAUAAAUAGGAGUUCUUUAUUCAGUAAUAAUAUCAUGGUUAUACGAUAUAAAGAAGAUGAAAAAACACUCGAUUUUGUUAGUAGUAAAAAUCUCUUAAGAAGAAAUGAAAGAGUGGGGAUAGUCAUAUCUUUUUGUAUUGGAAUACACGUGUGUAUUCUCAUUCAAUACGUUCGUAUAAAACAUACAGUUUGGUUCAAUUAUUCUUUACACUUGUAAUUCGUUCGAACAAUUGUACGAUUUACCGUUCAUUAAGAUUAUAGUAGAUUAUAUUUUAAUAGUAAUCGCAUAGAUACCGACAGCUGCUCCGUAGAUACGUAAUUUUUAUUUCUAAUCCGUUCAUUUUCUCCUUUGAAAUAUUUUCUUAAAAAUUUAAUAUAAGUCAAUGAUUUAAGAUAAUUGCUGAUUAAUUAUAGUUUAAUUACUUUAAAGAUAUAUAUGAAAAUAAACUAUCCAUUUAUGUUCGUUCCGAUGUUCACUUUAUUUUUUAGGUAUUAUGAAUAUUAAAGAGGACAAUGUAAUUAGUAGUUUGGAAGGAGAUGCUUGGGCAUCUUCCAAUAAUUUAGAAGACGAAAGAAUGGAUAGUACCGGCGACGUAUCUGAUCGUUUUAGAAAGGAACAUGAUUUAUCAAUGAUUAGGACAGAUGUUUCUGACAAUCAAAUUGAAUUAGUAUUAUUAACAGAGAAUGAGAAAGAAAAUGAAUGUAUUAUUGAAAUAUCAGAUUCUGUCGUCGACUGCGUUAAUCAGACUUCUAAUGAUUUUACUAAAGCACCAAAUGAUUCAAUAUGGAUUAUGACGGAUAAGAAGACACAAGAUGUCAAUAAAAAAAUUCUUUCCUUAGAUUCACAAGUGUUCAAAUUAGCUAUGUUGGAAGCAGAUAAUACGGUAUCUUAUUUGCCAUAUAAAUAUGAUUCAAGAAAUAAUAGAGACUCGUUAAAAUUGCAAUCUGAUAAGAAUACAUUUGUACUUAAUAAUCUGUGUAAUACUCGUAGUUUACCUAACAUAUUAAGAGGCCCCAAAACAUUUUCUAAACAUGAUACAUCUUCUAUUCCGUUUGAAACAGAAGAUAAUUCUUAUAAUAAUAAUUUCGUACUUGAAAAUAACGUUUUUGAGGAAGAUAACAUUAAGAAUAUUACAAAAUCCCAUCAUGAAAGAAAACAAAGACAUAAUCCAUUGAUUAUACAAGAAGAACCAGUUAAUUGGGUAGUUAAUACUACAGAUAAUUGUGAUGAUAAUUGUAUAAGAAAAAAUAAGUUCAAUUCGAGGAGAGCAGUGAAAUUUAAUCAUAGUGAUAAAAGAAAAAUGAAUCGUAAAAAGAAAUCAUUUUUAUUUAAAAAGGUAAAUGAUAAACAUGAUAAAAAUGUGAAAAAAGCUUUCCAGGAAUCUAAUGUUACUACAGAUUCUACUAUGUCUUGGAAUAAUGUUUUGGAACAAAGUAAGGAAAAAAAUAAUGAUUUAGAUCUUUCUAUCAGAUUCAAUACAUUUUAUGAAGAACAGUUUCACGAAGAUUAUACAGAUCACUUUGACAUCUUAACAGAUGUUAUAAAAGAACAACAAGUUUUAGGUGAUAAAUGUUGUGAUAUAAAUUCUAAUAACAUUCAUAGUUCUAAUGUUGUAGACUAUCCAGAAUUACAAUGUCAGGAUCCUCUAAGAUAUAAUUUUAUAGAUCAGAUAGAAAAUAGCUGGGAAGGUAAGAAUGUUAUUUUUAAAGAUGAUAGCUUAUCGGAUUGCGAGGACUAUUUUCAACAUAAAAAUAAAAAUUAUUUACUGUUUGGGAAAUGUUCAGAUACAAAACAUAUUUCUUCAAAUGAGUGUGAUUUAGAAAAGGCAAGUAUUUAUACUAUGCACGAUAAAAGUUAUUUAUCAAAUUAUUUUAAUGAUUCAUUGGAUGAUGCAUUCUACCAAAAUAAUCCAUCAUAUAAUUGUCUACAAAAUUCUUUAAAUAAAAACAAAACUAAAAAUUUGGAUAAUCUGUUAUUCGAAGAAAAAAAAAUUGAAACUUAUUUGGGAAGCCAAUUAAAUAAUGAUUUAAAUUCUUCAAAUAUUAAUUUUGCACCUGCUAGUAUUAAUAAAAAUACAACACAUGAUUUUUCAACUAAUGAUUUAGAACAUUCGACUAUUAUAAGCGAGAAAAUUAAUGCACAGCAGAAUGUUCGGUCUGAUGUACUUUUUAACAAGGAUCUUCCUGCAAAAUUCUCAUCAGAUUCAAAAAAUAUAGCAUUAACAAAUUUGCCUGAGAAUGAUAUACAUUUAGAAAAAGUAGUACAAGAAGAAAAAGAAAUGCAUUAUAAUUAUAUGAUUGUCCAUAAAUUUGAUGAAGAAUUUAAGUUAAAAUGUAAUUAUGAAGAAGCAAAUAAUAAACUAUUUCUAAUGAAAGAAAGUGACUCAAAUAUAGCAGAAAAUCAUAAUCCAAAUGAUAUAAAAAAAACAAAAAAUGUUAUAGAACCUUUACAGUGUUUACUAUGUCCAUUAAAAUUUUCAACCAAACGUUCACUGGCAUUACAUAUAACAGGGGCACAUGGAGGUAGCAAACAUGUUUUUUUUUUCUACAUGUAUUUAUAUAUUCUUAAUUUUAUCAUUACAUAUCUUUUUAUAGAUAUGUAUGUAAUAUUAUGCGAACGUUGCGGUCGACUUUUCAAUAAAAAGUAUAUCUUUAAUAAACACUUUAUACAUUGUGGCUGUGUUAAACUACCUUUUACUUGUAAAACGUGUAAUAGAAAUUACAGGCAUAAAUCAUCUUUGUUGCACCAUCUUAAAAUCGUGCAUCAAAUGGAAAAUAAACAACAUACAACAAAGGCAUAUAAAUGCGAUAUAUGUUCCAAAAUAUAUAGAAAAUAUGGUGCUUUUGAAAAGCAUUUGGGUAUACAUGUUACUUCCCAAAAAUCUCUAAAUCUAAGGAAUAGGAAAUAUACUUUCAUAGUCGCUGAUUAAUGUUAAUAAUAACAAAUUAUUGAAAUAAUUCACGCACCGUUUAAUUUUCGUUCGUUUAAACAAAUUAAUCGACAUAAAAGAAACAGAGUGGAAAAGAAAAUGAAAGAAAAUUGUCGUUCAAACGUCCUUACAUCGAUUCCUUUAAGAGAUUAAGUAUUUUUUAUGUUAUAUAAUGUUCUAUUUAUGUAAAUUUGACUGACUUAGAUUAUACUGCUAUAGUUAAUAUUUAUAUA